AUGUUUUCGUGUUGCCGUUGCGUAAAUCCUAAAUCUCCGAAGCAGAAAGACAAAUCGGCCACCGGAAAGGGGGAUAACUCGUCGGAGUCAGAUGUUUCCCACGAGGAGGACGAUAACGAGCAGCUAAAGAAGUUGAACGAAACGAAUUCGAGUGCCUGUAAAAUUUCGGCUGUGGAUAACCUCUCACAAGAUGACGAGGAAAUCAAGGUAGAAAUUAUUGAAAACUCCGAUAAUCUACGAUCAUACUCUGGCUGCUCGGCGGCAACGACUGCUGUCUUGAAUGGGUCUGCGUCACCGGAACCGAAGGAAGCGGUCGAAGUUCCAUCCGAUUUAGAACAGGAUUCCUCCUCGCCACCGUUUAACAACCCACCAGCUACGGGUAACGCCGAAAAAGAUGAACAAAACACUUCAUCAAACCCUGUUGAUAUCGAUGAAAAAACCACCGAAGAGAACGCUACCGAUGCAACACCGGCCGGUACAACCGGGUCCACUUCAUCGUCACCGGCCAGCAAAACGCUUUCGAGUACCGAACGAGGCCAAACUGAUCAAUCAGGUCCAUCGUCGGGUGUGGUUACUGAGAUUGAGACAAAGCUGCCCAAUGAAUCUACCGAUGCGGACUCAACCGGUGAUGCGACCAAUACCCCGCAAGAAAUUCCACUCCCCGUUGGUGAGAUGCUGGAGGAACAGCGCCUUGAAGAGAACGAACAACGAACAGAAGAGGGAGCAAUGUUGCGCUCUCUGGAAAACGAUGAAAAUCCGCUGAGCGAAACCCACCAUCCGGUGGUUGUUCGUCUAUCAUCGCGGAAAAAUUCAUGCGAACUCUCCGGCAGCUCUGAGAAACAAAGCGAAGGUUCUCCGACGCGUGGAAACGACGAUUUUCCACCGCCUGCGGAUGAUUCUAGCGAAAAGCAGCUGGAACAACUGGAGCCACUGAAGCAGCAGCUGUCAGAAGAUGAUGAAGCUGAAUGUCAAUCAUUACCAAGAGAAUCAUCAAUUGAGAACGAUACGGUUGUGAAUGAUCUUGUAUAUCUGGUGCAACACGACGAGAGUGGUGCUAUCAAUGAUCAAAAAGGAUCAAAUAAUUCUCAGGACAGCGAUGAGAUUGCUUACAGCACUGCCACUGUUGUUCCGCCCGUGGAACCUUCAAUUGAGUCGUCUGCAACAUCUCCACCUCUUUCGAGCUCCGACGAAACGGUGGAGUGUGAUGGCGAGAAGCAAACUUCAUCGUUCGUUGUGUCCAAGAUGGACCGCCUUAAAAGUGAACCAAGCAAUAGUGAGGAAACAAUAGAGGAGACAAUCGACGUGGAGCGCUUUUUACCGCGGCCAGACGAAAGCAAGAGUGACGAUGAUAAUCCACUCAGCAGCUCCAGCGAUGGAAGUGCUGCAGUCGAGGGAGGAAGUGCCCCCGUCACCACCAGCGACAACGAAAACGAGCCAAAAAGUUCCGGUGCAGCGGACACGGCGACGGCAACGCUCUCUUUGACGCCAUCACCACCGGAAGCGAUUGCGGGCGGUUCGCCGGAAACGGAAGGUGACGACGAGGAGGAGGCAGCGAAUGCGGCCAGCAGCAAUAACAACGAUCAGGUUUCAAAAAAUUCAAGCGAAGAGCGUGAAUCAAACAACGACGACACUUCCACGUUGUCCGAGUCGGUACCAAACACGACCACGAACGGGGGCAGCCCGUCAGGGAACGAGGGUGACAAUAGCAGCAGCCGUAAGGAGUCGGUUAACAGCGACGACACGACGAUUCGAACGCAGGUCUCGUUUCGCGAAAGCUGCCUCUCGCGUCGAUCAUCCAAGUCAUCGAUCAAAAAGAAGGUAGCCUAUAACGAUAGCACGGAGGUGAUUCCGCCACCGGAGUAUCCCCCGCCAGAAGAUGAUGAUUCCGUGUUUUCGGACUCGGUUCCGGCCAAGUUGCCACGGGGCGACAUGUGCACACCGUAUGCUACCAAGCGGGGAUCACUGCCAGGCAUGAUAGCGCUUCCGGACUGGUUUGCCGAGGAUCGGUUGAUGAUGGAAGAGGGUGGUAUAAUGGAGCCGCCCACUACACCUAUAGGACGCGAUGAAUUGGCAUUACGCAGGCAUCGGUUCUUCUCAGAACUGCUCAAUGCAGCCCAUGCCGCCGUGGAGCACCGUGUUCGGUUUGAUCCGUUGGGACCAGAAAUUGCCAAGGUCCCGACGGAAGAGGAAACUGAGGAGUGUGAUCCAGACCUGAAACCGUCCUCGGCGCGCGAGCUAGAGUGCUUGAUAGAUCGUCUAGAGCGUAUCGUGGAUCGUCUCGAGCGUACCGUUUCUGCGCGUGAAUUAGAAGAAACGCGACGCAUACUCAAAGACGCCUGCAUUGUCGGAAAAGCAGUGAUCCGAUCGAACGGCACCACCGGGAGUGAUACGAAAAAACCAUCAUCAUCGGCGUCGAUCAUCUCGCCGCGCAAAACUUUGGUAGACGAUCAGAACGAUCUGCCAACGGUUCUUCCUUCGACCCCACCGCCAUCGGCAUCCUAUUUGCAUCAGCAAAUAGACUCCCUCGAAAGCAGCCUAUUUCCCGAGUUUUCCGAUCGCCCGGCACAGGAACGGCAGCCAAAGCAACUAUCCACUGUAAUACACAAACAACCAACUGAUAUUUUAAACCAUACUAAUCAAUUGACCACCCAAGAGCAAGGCGUCGCAGUAUUAUCAUUCUCCUCGCAGCACGGCACCGUAGCAGAACACGCCAACAAGAUGAGCAUCAAUGCUUACGAGGAUAUUAUGCUCGGCUCAUUCGCCAGCUUCACUGCGUUGUCCAGCAAAAUUGGAGGCGAUGUGGCCACCCAGGCGCAGCUCGUGAAGGAAGCGUUUGACGCCCAAUUUGCGUUUCUCAAGGUGGCUGCUGCUUCGAGUGCCCCAUCGAACACGGAGCUACAAAACCUGCUAAAGCCUACCUCGGAUAAGAUUUCUACGAUUCAAAGUUUCCGCGAAAAAAAUCGCACCUCGCCGUUCUUCAAUCAUCUGUCGGCGAUAAGUGAAAGCAUUCCGGCACUAGGAUGGGUCUGUGUGGCUCCUACUCCUGGUCCGUACGUAAAAGAGAUGAACGAUGCGGGACAAUUCUACACAAAUCGUGUGCUUAAAGAUUGGAAGGAGAAAGAUAGCACUCACAUGGAGUGGGCCCGUGCCUGGAUUCAAACACUGACGGAACUGCAGCAGUACAUCAAGCAGCACCACACAACCGGAUUGGUGUGGUCCGGCAAGGAUAAACCGGCAACUGGUGGAGCGGCGGUGCCACCACCUCCACCACCCGGUGGUCUGCCACCGCCACCACCGAUGAUGCCCUUGGGUGACCUGUCGGCUGGUGCCGGAGGUGUCGGUGAUGACAGAAGCGCUUUGUUCGCCCAGAUCAACCAGGGCGCCGACAUCACGAAAGGAUUGAAGAAGGUAACGGCCGACAUGCAAACACACAAAAACCCGGGCUUGCGAUCGGGCCCUGCCCCAUACAAGGCUCCAACGGCGGUGACUAAUGGUACGAAGUCCGUGGCAGCCCCGGCAGUGGCCAAACCACCGUCUUUCACGCGGGACGGUAAGAAAUGGCUCAUCGAGUAUCAGAAGAACAAUCCAAAUCUCGUGGUCGAGGACGCCGAGAUGAACAACGUGGUGUACAUGUUCCGUUGCGAAGGUUCGACGCUUCAAAUCAAGGGCAAAAUCAACAGCAUCGUGAUGGAUUCGUGCAAAAAGUGUUCCCUCGUAUUCGAUUCGCUCGUGUCCUCGGCUGAAUUCGUCAACUGUCAGAGCGUUCAGAUGCAGGUUCUCGGUAAAGUACCAACGAUUUCCAUUGACAAGACUGAUGGCUGCCAGAUGUACCUGUCGGCUGAUUCGCUCGAGGUUGAAAUCGUUAGCUCCAAAUCAUCCGAGAUGAACGUGAUGAUUCCGAAGGGAUCCGGCGGAGAUUAUACCGAGCAGCCGAUCCCGGAACAGUUCAAAACGGUAGUGAAGGGCAGUUCACUGAAUACUACCUGCGUCGAGAGUCUUGGUUAAAGCAACGCAGCCCAGCAGCACCCUGUAAUCCGUUGUCGUGUGGUCGUUUUUGCUGUGAGGUUUUGUGUGCGAGAGAUACGUUUUAUGAAAAUUUAUUAACUAAUAAUUUCCUUUUUUAUUAUGAAGCUGGAAAAGGAAAUAAGAUGAAAGUUGUAACUGCAACAGUAUCUAGAAAUUACGACAAACGCCCGUUCAAGUAUCCCAAUAUCUAAUUACAUAAUUUUAAACUAAAAACUAAAGUAAAGAAUCCAGGCCAAUGCAGGGGGCUACCACAGUGGUCCUGGAGGGACGUUUUAUAUAGGAACUUAAAAGUAAAUAUCCAAAUUCAACAGGAACCAACCUAUACCCAGUCAAACCCAACGAACAAGAUCGCAAUGUGUCUAUUGAUUCACUUUCACGUGAAACUUUCAAGAAAGAACCAUAAAAUUAGGAUUUCUUUAUUUGAAUUACUCUUCAUUACUAUUGUUGCGUGAGUGGUGUUUUUCCUUUGCGUUUCUGUCCAUGAUUUGAAUGAACACUCUUCAUGGUCUUCCCUGUUGUUUACGGCAACAUGUGUAUGUGUAAAAUAAAAGUACGUCGCUUUCUUUUACUUGAUCAAUACGAUACGCUCAUGCAUUUUUUCCAAAUUGAGAUUACACAGCAAAAAAUGUCAGAUUAGCGGCGUCUCUACUAAAUUGAAAUCGCACCCUUAGAAUCAUCGCUUUUAGCAGCAUUCAGAAACACCCCAUUAAUGGAAUGAUUUGAAUGAUACACGUUUGCUUCAAAAUAAAUUCCAAUAUUUGACCAACCGAUAUACAAUUCAUUCGAGAAACAAUGUCCAUCAAUCAUGUUAUUGGAACUAAACGAAGUCGGAAUAAAUAAA